AUGCCGAUGAAAAGGAACUUCAGGAACAAGGGCAAGGGCCGUGGCGGCGGCGGCGGUAACAACUGGUCGACUGAGCGCAAGUCGUACGCCGAAGUGCCCAAGGUCAACGAACAGUUCGAGAGACUGUACAAUGACAUGAACAUUGUGCCCGAGGGCGAGGAGCGUGAACAGUUCUGGGCUGCCCUCCACNAUGCGCUUGCCGUGCAAAAGAACCUGGACGAACACUUUAUCCCUCAGAUCAAGUCUAUGAAGUUUGACGACCAGACUGUCGAGCCUCCGAUGCCCAUCAAGUGGUACCCUAACCAGCUUGCCUACUACAUGACCACCCCCAAGAAUGUCAUUCGCAAGUUCCCUCCCUUCGCCGCUUUCCAAAAGUUCCUCGUCUCCGAGACCGCCGUCGGCAACAUCAGUCGUCAGGAAGCUGUUUCUAUGAUCCCUCCGCUUCUCCUCGAUGUCCAGUCGCACCACACCGUUCUCGAUCUGUGCGCCGCACCCGGAAGCAAGAGUGCUCAAUUGGUUGAGAUGCUGCACGCUGGAGAAGAGUCGCGUAUUCGCAAGGCUACAAAGCAACACCAGGACGCCCAGGCCGAUCCCGCAGCCGCUGCUGACGAGACUGUCGAGGGCAACGACUGGAGUGAUGAUGGCAGAGCCACUGGUCUUUUGGUCGCCAACGAUGUCAACUACCAGCGCGCUCAGAUGUUGGUUCACCAAGUCAAGCGCUUGAACAGCCCCAACUUGAUUGUUACCAACCACGAUGCUACCAUGUUCCCUUCGAUCGAGCUUCCUUCAGAUUCCGUUCCUGAGGGCCAAAAGAAGCAGGGCAAGUGGCUCAAGUUUGACAGAAUUCUUGCAGAUGUUCCUUGCUCUGGUGACGGUACCUGCAGAAAGAACCCCAACAUCUGGAAGGACUGGAUUCCUGGAAACGGUCUUGGUCUUUACAUUACUCAGGUCCGCAUUCUUGUUCGUGCUAUUCAAAUGCUGAAGGUUGGUGGUCGUGUCGUCUACUCGACUUGCUCCAUGAACCCUGUUGAGAACGAGGCUGUCAUCUCAAGUGCCAUCGAGCGCUGUGGUGGUAUCGACAAGAUCAACAUUGUUGAUGUCAGCGACCAGCUUCCUGAGCUCAAGCGCUACCCUGGACUCAAGGAGUGGAAGAUUAUGGACAAGGAGGGCCGCCUCUGGAACUCUUGGGAAGACGUCGAGGACGCAAAGUCAAAGAAGUUCGAGGCUUCGCUCGAGCGUGUCGUUCCUGGCAUGUUCGCUCCUGCUGGCCACAACCUUCCUCUUGAUCGCUGUGUUCGUGUCUACCCUCACCAGCAGGAUACUGGCGGUUUCUUCAUCACUGUUCUUGAGAAGAAGUCGGAGAUCAGAGCCAAGCCCGAGUCAGAGACCAAGUCCGCCAACACCGCUCCUUCGGUCGUUUCUAUCGCUAAAGAGAUUGUGACCAAGCCCGAGUCUGAGGGUGUCAUUCCCAAGCUUGAGACUGCCGAGGAAUACGCUCCUAGCGAUCCUAACCACACUGUUGAGACUGGUACUGCUUCUGCUGCACAGCGUCAAAACAAAGAGGCCAUCUCUGACAUUGAUACUGCAUCCAACAAGCGUGGUCUGGAAGAUGUUGGUGAUUCUGCCGCCCAGGACGUCAAGAGAGCAAGAACCGAGAAGGACGAGGGUGCUGGUCCCGGCGCUGUUGGCGAGGUUGGCCAGAUGGAACACUGGCCCAUGCCUCCCUCAGCUCCUCUCAGACAGGAUGAAAUCACCCCUGACGAGCCUGCCGCAAUCGCCUCCGCAGCAGCCCCCCGCGGCCGUCGCAACAACCAACCCCAUGAAGAAGCCUUCAAGUACCUCUCACCUUCGCACGAAGAACUCGACGGCAUUUUCGACUUCUACCAACUGUCAUCUCGCUUCCCGCGCGACCGCUUCAUGGUCCGCAACGCCCUCGGCAACCCCGUCAAGGCAAUCUACUACACCACCGCGCUAGCCAAGGACAUCCUGACCAAGAACGAAGGCCGCGGUAUGAAGUUCGUACACUCGGGUGUUAAGAUGUUCGUCAAGCAAGACGCACAAGGCCAAGACAUCUGCCGCUGGCGCCUGCAAAGCGAAGGCCUCCCCAUCGUCGAAGGCUGGGCAGGCGAAACCCGCAUCAUCCGCUGCUACAAACAACAAACCCUUCGCAAACUCCUGAUCGAGAUGUUCCCUCGCGUCAGCGGCGAGCACUGGAAGGAGCUCGGCGAAAUCGGCGAAAAGGCUAGGGAUAUCGGAAUGGGCUGUUGUAUUCUGCGCGUUGAACCUUCGACUCAAGAAGAUGGGUUCGCAGAGAGAUUGACAUUACCCCUUUGGCGCAGUAUUUCGAGCUUGAACUUGAUGUUGCCUAAGGAAGAGCGUCGCGCUAUGUUGCUCAGACUCUUCAAGGACGAGUCACCGCUUAUUGAUCACAGUCAACAGCCUAACCGCAAGAACGCACCUGCUAACUCAGACCCCACAGUGUCCGCCACAUCGGCACCAGAGACUGUGGUUGACAGUGACGGCGGUGUUGCCCUUAACGACAUAGAUGCCGAUAUGGAGGAUGCAGAUGCUACCGCUCCUGUCGGCGCCAGCGGUGUAGGCACUGAGGAGAAUGCAAUGGCCACUGAGGAUGCUUUGAGAGCGGAACAGCAGACUAUCGCUGAUGCAGACCAAGCUGUGGCUGCAGCGCCGGAACGUGAAGGCGAGACUGACGAAGCCAACACUACUGUUUAG